AUGGCUGCCGCGAUCGAGGAAAAGCACCGAGCAACAUCUGCUGCGGUUGCGGCGGUCCAGGCUGGCGGUGGGAAGCGGCGCAUAACCGACUACUUGGAGGGAGAUGCUGCUGCGGCUAAGCGGGAUGCUCACGAGGGCCUUGCGCUGAUGUUUGCGGCCUGCGGAAUCCCGGAGAUCACCGUGAACCACCCGCUGUUCAUCAACGCCAUGCUGCUUGUCAACCGCGCCGGCCACGGCUACGGGCUGAUGGGGAUUAAAACGAGCUGGAAGAAGACGGGGGUAACAAUUGCGUCCGACAUGAUGACGGACAAAUGUGGGAGGGCGCAAGCGAACGUGCUUCUGAUUAACGACUCCGGCGCCGUCUUCAAGGAGGCGAUCGACUGCGGUAUGGAGCGUAAGACGGGGGAAUACAUAGCGGGGAUUCUGCAGCCGGUGGUGGAGGAGGUAGGACUAGAAAAUGUCGUCGCGUUUUGUAUGGAUGGGGGGUCGAACUAUGCCGUGCCUGUCCAGGAACUGAUUGCCAAGUGGCCCCACAUUCAGCAGGUCCCUUGUGCCACGCAUGUGAUGGAUCUCCUCCUGGAGGACGUGGGAAAGAUGGGGUGGGCAAAAGGGGUGGUGGAUCGGACUGGGGAGAUGAUUUCGUUCGUGCGCAACCAUCAUUGGACGCGCGCUUACCUGAGGACCAAGGAGUUGGUGGAGGGGAAGGUGCUGCAGCCGCUGAAGCCGGCGGGAACACGGUUCGGGACACAGUACAUUGCUGUGUCCCGCCUUUGUCAGUUGCGUAGCACCCUCAACGUGAUGGUGCUUUCCGACAGGUGGAAGGAGUGGGCAUCGGGGUCGCGGAAGGAAGCUGCCGAGGCCUUUGCUGCACGGGUCCUCGAUGACGCAUGGUGGCGGACGGCUGAAUUCUUCUGCAAGCUAAUGCAACUGCCCUACAAGGCGAUGCGGUAG